CAUAUGACGUUUGACAGUUGUCAGUGAUGUUCUUAUCAUAAAUUGAUAAGGCAUUGGUUGUUAUUGUACUUAUUACCGAGCCAAAUGUUUAUCCAUAUCUUAUGUGGGUUUAUAGUGGUCGUAAAUGUUUUGUGAAAUCAAUUAAACACGGACGUCCCGAUGAAUCUUAGAAAAAUAGUUACAUAAAUUUUGACAUCUCCGAUCUUAUUUUUUAUUAAUGAAAUGCCUCAACAGUUCAUUAAAGUCAAGGAAAACACAGGGAACGUUCCUACCACGGCUUUUACUGGCUCUGUGAAAAACCAAGACUGGGACUCGUCCUCCAAUCUGUCCAACUCGACUGGAGAUAUAUGCAGGAUAUGCCACUGCGAAGCUGAUGCCGAGAAUCCCCUGCUGUCUCCAUGCUACUGCUCGGGAAGCUUGAAGUAUGUGCACCAAGCUUGCCUUCGACAAUGGCUAGCCGCUUCGGACAUCAGGUCCUGCGAGCUGUGCAAGUUCAACUUCAUCCUGCAUACUAAAAUCAAACCGUUCUCAGAGUGGAGAAUUUUGGAAAUGAGUAGUGUGGAAAGGCGAAGAUUGCUUUGCGCCAUUUUGUUCCAUUUUGUCGCUGCAAUCUGUGUGGUUUGGUCUUUGUUUGUUUUGAUAGAUAGAGCUGCCGAGGAGGUACAGAAAGGAUUAAUAGCUUGGCCGUUCUGGACUAAACUUGUGGUAGUUGCCGUGGGAUUCACGGGAGGUGCCGUUUUUAUGUACAUACAAUGCAGACAGUACUUACAUUUGUUUUCUAGGUGGAAAGCCCAUAAUAGGAUCAUCCUAGUGCAGAAUGCCCCCGAAAAAGCCAACGCCGUGCCCCCCUCGCCGUACUUCCACAGGGAAAGCAGGCAACACGUGCCCACGCAGGUGGUGACGAUCGCCGAGUACAACCAGCCCUCCUCCAACACCAAUUCCAACUCGCAGAACGACCUGCAGCUGUGCUACGUCUUCGAGAACGAGUGUAAGGUCAAGUGUUGCAACAGCAGCGCCUCGUCCAUCCAGAAGGCGGACGUGCAUGUCGAGGACCUGUGCGAGACGCCCCGGAACGAGGCGGAUGUACGUAGCUCCCAGGACGACUCGUCACGAAAUAAUAUCCUAGCUUUAGAUAUUGAGUGCCCUUCUAACAGCAAGAAGAAAUAUUCCCUGCAGAGCUCCUUAAAGACUGAGGUGGUUAAGAGCAACAGCUGUGUUUUCAAGUCUUUGCCUAACUUAAGUACCAGUAGCGAGAACCUGUUGCUGUAAAUAUAGAUAGGACAUAUUUUAAUAUUGUAAAGUUAUUAUUAUAUAAUAAAUUAUUUAUUAUUGGAAGAUUUAA